AUGAGUACAGUAGUCUGGAACCACUUAUCGGCAGGAGAGAAUAAGAAACCACCAGAUGAGAGGUUCUCAUUCCUAAUUAUGCCAGCGACAAUGGGGCGGAGUGCGACCGAGGUAGAUAUGCCGAGUGCAGAGCAUGGCUUUAGUUCCAGCACUCUGGAAAACGCUAGCGCCAUCAGCAAUAAUAGUGUGAGGCUUGUAAUGCGCCGGAGUCUGAAGAAGUUCGAGAACACUGUAUGGGAUAUUAUUUAG